AUUUAUGGGACUUUUCUUGUAGUUAUCGCUUUGGGUAGACAUUGUUAUUGUCCGUUGCACAUAAUUCCGCAUACAAUGUUAAUAGCGAAAAGAAUAAUUUUCCUUUCUUCUUUUUUGUGAAUUAAGUGAAAUUGUGGAUACAUGUAGAUAUUUUAUAGCUUUUAUUUUUAUAUAAGAUAUUUGCAAAACUCAAUAUUAUUUGAAUUGGAGAGCAAUGUAAUAAUGAAUGCUGUAUAAAUAUUUCAGCAAUAAAUGUUGAGUAUUGGACCUGUGUAUUUGUGAACUACCAAGUAAAUCCCAUAUUGCACUAUCAAAGUGAAAUAGCAAAAAAAAAUAGUCGGAUAAUGUAAAAUUGAUUUUCCAAAAUAAAAAUAAACGAAGAAAACAAUUCGAAACCUUUCCAUUCCAUACCGCUGCGUAAUUAUUUUAGACAAAUAUAUUACAGUAAAUAUAAUUUUCAAUUUCAAUGAAUAUCGUCGGAGAUUAUGAAUUUAGUUCGAAGGAUAUGCUUGGGCACGGUGCUUUUGCCGUGGUCUAUAAAGGACGUCAUCGAAAGAAACAUUUCCCUGUGGCUAUAAAGUGCAUUACUAAAAAGGGUUUGAUAAAAACUCAGAAUUUGCUGGGGAAAGAAAUUAAAAUUUUAAAAGAAUUGACAGAACUGCAUCAUGAGAACGUCGUUGCAUUAUUGGAUUGUAAGGAAUCGCAAGAUUGUGUCAAUUUGGUUAUGGAGUACUGCAACGGCGGUGACUUAGCAGAUUACCUUACUGUGAAGGGUACUUUAAGUGAAGAUACGGUCAGACUCUUUCUUAUUCAACUGGCGGGUGCCAUGAAAGCACUUUAUACCAAAGGAAUUGUGCACCGUGAUCUCAAACCACAAAAUAUUUUGUUAUCGCACAAUUUCGGUAAAACGUUGCCUGCACCAUCAAAAAUUACCCUGAAAAUAGCGGAUUUUGGAUUUGCACGUUUUUUGAACGAUGGUGUUAUGGCGGCCACCCUUUGUGGGUCACCAAUGUAUAUGGCACCUGAAGUUAUAAUGUCCUUGCAAUAUGAUGCUAAAGCUGAUCUCUGGUCUUUAGGCACAAUUGUGUACCAAUGUUUGACUGGCAAAGCACCUUUCUUCGCACAAACCCCUAAUGAGCUGAAAGGCUAUUACGAAAAAAAUGCCAACUUAGCACCAAAAAUCCCAAGUGGAGUUUCACCCGACUUGCGAGAUCUGCUGUUAUGUUUGCUCCGCCGUAAUGCUAAGGACAGAAUUUCGUUUGAAAGCUUUUUUAAUCAUAGUUUCUUACAAGGGAAAAGAAAUAUAUCAGCUUCCCCUACUGAUGUACCCCCGCAAAUGAGUUUAGAUACGACGCCGCCAUUGAAAGCGAAAAGUGCUCAGCACCAACUUGCCCACCCGCACCACACUGGAGAUGUCGAGGUUGAGGCUGCUGCAGUCCAACAUGAUGAUGAUGCAGUUUCAAUUAUGGAAAAUCCAGCUAUUUGCGCAACCAUUACGAACGUUGGUGUGCUUUGUGACAGUGAAAACAACAGUGUUUCAUCAGGGUCGCCCGAGGAUUCCGAUGAUUUUGUAUUGGUUCCUAAUAAUCUUCCAGAAGAUCCGAACGUCAUUGAAUAUGAGAAAAAGUACGAAACACGUACAUAUGGUAAAUUAAAUGAGCCUAAACGUUACUUUCUCCCUCAUAUCAGGCACACAGCCCCAUGUCAAGCUACACAAACUACAAAACAGUCAAGUCCUUUACGGCCAAGUAGUCUACCAAUUUCCGAACCAAAGCCUGUACCCGCGCCGGUCCGUCGAUUUUCGACAAAUGUUGGUGAUACUGGAGCUGGAGUAAAUAUUUCGCCAGUUGGAGCUACUAAUGCCGUUAGUGAAAAAACUCAACACUCGAAUGUUUGUAAUGAGAUUGUUGUUGCUACAUCGCCGAAACAUCCUGGUAUUGUCACACAAUUUCCACGAUCGCAGCCUAUAAGUGUAAGGCAACGCGCCGAACAUCGAAAGACUAGCGUCAGUAGCGAUAUUAAUUCCAUUUCACCGCCAGCGGUUCAGUUCGCCAUAGGUACACCGCCCGUGCGUCGUCGUUCCGCUUCUGGUAGUUCACUAUCGGAAACACCACCACCAAGUGCACCUUGUACUUGGCAAGUAAGUCCCGGUGCCCAGACUCAGUCUCCUCUACGGCGUUCAGGUCAUAGUUCCCCGGUUCUUCCAUCUGCAUUGGCUAAAUUACCGACAUUAGGUAGCCCGACAUUAAUUGUAGGACCAGGUUCCGUUGGUUCGCUUGGGUCUGGAUCUGGUGGGUCGGAAAACAAUAAUCAGCAUCCCGUAUUGGGUCCGCGUGCAUUUACUCUGCCAGAGCUGGGUGCCACAGGAGGCUUGCAAAGUUUAUUGGAUACGACCAGUAAUCGCCCGACUGGUGCAGAGGGUCAUCAACUUCAUACGUUCCAUGCACCUGAACUUUCAGAGGAGACGCUUAUGGAUCGUGAACAUAAUGAGACACUUUCCAAGUUGAAUUUCGUUUUGGCUCUUACUGAUUGUAUACAAGAAGUAGCGGAUUCCCGUUGUGCGCCUCUUUCGGCGUUAAUGCCUGUGGUUGCAACAUCAAAUGAUCUACAGUCUAUACCACCUCAUGCUCCAGAGCAUUGCAAACGUGCUGAGCGGUUGGUGUUAUUAGUACGUGCUUUACAACUCCUCUCGAGUGGCUUAAACUUAGCAUCUCAACAGCUCCGUAGUGGAAAUCUAAAGCCAUCUUCAAAUGUUAAGAAUGCAUUGUUGACAAUGAAUUCCAAAUAUCGUACAAUCCUAUAUGAGUCAAAAAAAUUGAAUGUUUCCGGUUUAUUGCAAAAAGCUAAUGACUUCAACAUUACAGCAGACAAAAUCCUUUAUGAUUAUGCUUUAGAUAUGUGUCAGGCAGCUGCUUUGGAUGAAUUGCUGAGUAACACAAAAAAUUGCUUUGAACGCUACAAUACGGCGCACAUACUUCUGCAUUCAUUGGUUCAAAAAUGCAAUCAUCCCCAGGAUAAAAUGUUAUUGAAUAAAUACCGUGAUGCAGUAGAGAAGCGCCUAAGUAUCUUGCAGCAAAGGGGCUACAUUUAUAUGACUGAUGAGAACUCUUAAGUUGGAUGAAAUUGGAAAUUUUUUUUACGACAAAAUCAGUAAAAUUUCCGCUAUUUCAGUCGCUUGAAUACAUAUUUAAGUAAAUAAUAUUUGAUUUAU